AUGGGGUCUGGUACUGCAACUGCACCAAACGGCUUCCAGCCGCCAAGCUGGAGUCCAGAAAUCAUGCCCAAAGUCACGGAAAAUGGUGUAAGGACCCUCAUCGAUAUAAGCCAUCAGUACGACACUAACGACCCAGUCUACACAUGCCAACUGCCCCCGCACCAAAAGUGCAACUUCUUCCUCUGGGCGAGCGAUGCCGAGAUCCGCGAGAAGCAGACCGUUCUCUCCAACUCUACCUCCGAGUCCAUGACAGGACCGCAAACACCAUCAAAGCCGUCGCGGAAUGUCGGGACGGGCCUCCUCACUCCCCAAACCGACCGUCCGUUCCGGAACGGCCCCGCUGCGAAGCUCGAGACGGGCCCGAAGAGCGCCAAGGCACGCAUGAUGUCCGAGGAUACGGAUGAGUUUGGCUGGGAUGAUUCCGUCGCCGACGACGAUUUUGAAAAGCUACUCAGUCAGCCGCCUCGUCAGCCGGAUUUCGGACGGGCGCCCCCCGCCACCCCCAGCUUCGGCUCGUCGGACUUUACGUAUAGCCCGCGGAAGACACCGCGCACGGACAGCUUUACGACGCCUGGAAAGCGCAAGUUCGCAGGCAUGGAGCGUGAGAGCUUUAUGACUCCCACGUCGAUCUUCUCAUCGCAGACCCAAAGCCAGUCGUUUUCGCCGUCGUCAGUGGAUAUCUCGUCGACGCCGACGCCUAGCAAGUAUCGGAAUGCGUUGUCGGCGAAUUCGGGAGCCGAUACGUCGGAUCUUGCACAGCAGGCGAUGAAGAUCCUGGAGGGUCAUGGGACGGUUGUGCCGCGGCGCGCGAUGGAGGAGUUGGUGUCGUUGCUGAACAGGCAUGAUUUGAAGAUGAAGGGUAUUACCCGGGGCCGCGAUAUCUCGCGUGCCGCGGUGAAGAAGAAGGAGAAUGAGAUCUCCAUUCUGAAUGAGAGGAUUGCGACUUUGGAGGCGCAGCUGGAGAUGGGUCGGACUGUGCUCAGUGGACUGAGGGAGUGA